UACACACAGCUCCCAGAUCGCGGGGUUUUAGUUUUACCGACUUCAUAAGUUUGCAAUUAUGAUUGGAUAAGAAAUUCAACACUAUUAAGGAAAAUAUUUCAUGUAACUCUAAACUAUCAAAGACAAUUAUCGUAAGAGUUUUGAUGUCCGAAUAUGUCCCAUCGUAAUUACGUACGCGAAGAGCAGUAUGUAGGACCGUACAGGCUUGAGAAGACGUUGGGAAAAGGCCAGACAGGACUUGUUAAAAUGGGAGUACACUGUGUGACAGGUAAAAAGGUAGCUGUUAAAAUAGUCAACCGAGAGAAGUUAAGUGAUAGCGUUCUUCAAAAGGUUGAAAGGGAAAUUGCUAUCAUGAAACUUAUCGAACAUCCUCAUGUACUUGGAUUAUAUGAUGUCUACGAAAAUAGACGACAUUUAUAUCUUAUUUUAGAACAUGUGUCCGGUGGUGAAUUAUUUGACUAUUUGGUUCGGAAGGGUCGUUUAGCGCCAAAAGAAGCAAGAAGAUUUUUUAAACAGAUUAUAUCUGCAUUAGAUUUUUGUCAUAGUCAUUGCAUAUGUCAUAGAGAUUUAAAACCCGAAAAUCUUUUACUUGAUGAUCAAUUAAAUAUACGUGUUGCUGAUUUUGGUAUGGCAUCAUUACAACCUGAGGGUUCAUUGUUAGAAACUAGUUGUGGCUCCCCACAUUAUGCUUGUCCAGAAGUUAUAAGGGGUGAAAAAUACGAUGGACGUAUGGCAGAUGUUUGGUCUUGUGGGGUGAUUUUAUAUGCUCUUCUUGUGGGUGCACUACCGUUUGAUGAUGAUAAUUUAAGAAAUUUAUUAGAAAAGGUUAAGAAAGGCGUAUUUCAUAUACCAGCAUUUGUUUCAAGUGAUUGUCAGUCAUUAUUAAGAUCUAUGAUUGAAGUGGAUACACGUAAACGUAUUACAUUGAAGGAGGUACUAGAACAUAAGUGGGUCAUUGGUGAUCAAAAUACACCUUUACCUUUGGAGCUGCCAAUGACUCAAGCUGUACAAACUGCUAUUAUUCCUACACGUGCAGAUAUAGAUCCUGAUAUAUUUUCUACAAUGACUUCCUUACAAUGUUUUCGUGAUCAAGAAAGAUUAGUUGAAGAAUUAUUAUCUCCGGUACAUAAUACUGAAAAAGUUAUUUAUUUUCUCCUGUUGGAUCGUAAACUACGAAAUCCCAGUUCGGAUGAUCCAGAUGAGAUUCGAUCUAGGAGUAGUACUCCUGAUCCACCUCGUAAAAGAAUAGAUAGUUUAAAACUAACAUUAAAUGGUUCAUCACGUUUAUCACUUGGAAAUCUAAGUGAAGGUUCUCCAUUAUCUGGUCGUCGUGGUUUGGCUGUACAAAAAUUACGAAAGAAAUCAUUUUCCAGUGGAUUAGAUAGUCAAUCUAGUACGCCUGCUGUUAGCCCAUUAGGUUCACCACUUUCCCUUCAACGUGUUCAUUACAGACCAGUAGGAUGUGAAAACUUGGAAAACUCACAUCCUGUACAAGUAUCUAUAUCAGUCCCACCAUCAGCUAGAUCACAAACUACAUCUACAGUAUCUUCUACAAAUACAACUGAAUCAAGAUCUAACACAGUAGCAAUUACAUCAACGGAUAACUGUAGUUUAACCAGUAAUAUUUCAACAAACCAUGUGUCAACAAGUACCACUAAUAUAUCAUCGAAUCUUCCAAUUCAUGGAAUUACUUCUAACUCUUCAAUUAGUGGUACCCAACAAUCCCAUAUACCGCAAUUACAACAACAUCCAAAUCUUAAUAUUUACUAUUUUGGAAGCAUUCCACAUAUUGGUCAUAGACCACAACAUUUUCUUCACCCGUCAAUGACUCCUAUUCCUGUUGCAACAACUUUAGCUCCACCACCUCAUUUUGUACCACCACCAUUCCAUCAUCUACUUCCUCAUCUUCAUCCACAUUCAUUUACACCUGGACCCUAUUUUAUGCCACCGUUUGCAAGUGGUAAUAAUAAUAAUGGUUCUAUGCUACCGGCUCCAUCUGGCCCUGGUGUGACUAUACCUUCUUUAUCCACAACAACACCUACGACAAGUAAUUAUAAUAACAGUAUUGGACUGUUACCGGUGCUCACUGAAGUUUCAUCAAUUUUUGAUCAAAUCAAUCAUCCACCAUCAGUAAAUCCUAACGUUGUUUCAUCAACAUCUUCAUCGUCAUGUUUAAUUCCUUCAUGUUCUACAUCUUCGAUUGUAACUACAGAAUCUAAUUCAAUCUUAACCAAUUCCACCAUAUUUAUACAAUCGAAUAAAAUAAUGAAUACAGGAGUUACCACUAAUACGACAACGACAACAGCAACAACGAUAGUAAAUACGACAACGAUAACAGCGAAUCAUAAUCAAAACAGUGAUAUUGGUCAAAACACUGAAAGUCUAUUGAUGUCAGCCGAUAAACAAUCAAUAGAAAACCACUUAAAUAAACAGACACAGUCUAUAAACGACGUACAAAACAGUUCAAAUUCAGUGAAAACAAUUCACAAAGAACAUGAAAAAGAUUUGAAUUCUCCAUUAUUAGACCAAAUACACUCGUCUAAUUCACCAAGUACAGCUCCUUCAUCUCCAAUAAGUGGUGGUGUUCAAUCAAUUCGAAAGAAAUGCAACUCAUUAGCUCAUUCAUCAUCUCCUCCUCUAAAAUCUCAAUCGAGACAGACUGUAAUACAUCAAAAUUCAAAAGAUGUACCAUCACGACAAUCUCCAGCUCAAUCACCUAUAUCUGGUCAAAAAUCAGGAUCAACUUCUUCACCUAAUAACAAUCUCAAUGUUAAUAAUAUAUCUCGUGAAAAAACACAUACUACUAAUGGGACAACAAAUGUACAAUCAGAUAUAAACGGACAAACUGUUAAAUAUUCGACUCUAGAAAAUCCACGUCUUAAAUCUGAGAUUAGAAAACCCCGUUUAGACGGUUUGAAAACUGUGGAUAGUAUAACUUGUGGAAGCCCUGUAUUAACAUCAUCAUCAUCAGCUUCUACUACAAAUAGUCCAAUAUUAUCUCAUACGAUUUUAUCUAAUGCUCCACCAACAAGUCCCACAUCUGGAACAACUCAUCAACCAUGGCGUGUAAAAUUAAAUAAUUUUAAAAUGUCCUUUUUAGGAUCACCACGAUUUCAUCGGAAGAAAUCAUCUCUUAUUCAUACAACUGAUCAAUUGAGUGAAACACCUCCGAGUAGUCCAAAUUCUUUUACACAAAGUCAGUGGAGAAACUCUGGACGAGCAUCUGGUUUAGAACCAUCCCCUUUAUUAACUCAUAAAUCAUGGUUCAACGGUUUCUUGACAGCUGCCUCUGGUCAUGUAAUCACUAAGGGCAGUCAACAUGCAGUGAAUGCAGCCGCAGCGGCACAAGAUUCCGCAGCACUAGCAAUUUCUAUUCAAUCCAAGUGUAAAGAAGAAUGUGGUCAAAGUAAACAUGAACAUGAACAAAAUGAAUUUCCCCUUGAACAGGAUGGGAACUCAGCGAGAUUAUCGGAAUACGUUACAUCCAGUAAUGAAUUAGUAGAGAAUUGGAAAAAUUCCAAUAUAGUCUAUGAUGGAAAUACUACUACCACUACUAGCAAUAAUAAUAACACAGACUCACAGUAUUCAACUUCUCAACCUUCAUCACCAUCGUAUUCAUGUGUUUCAGACGGUGUAGCGAAAACUCACCAAUACCAUUAUCAUCCUCAUAAUCAUCACCUUCAUUAUCAUCAGACACAUCAACAAUCGCAUCAUCUUAGCGCUACGACAGAUAUUCAGUUCAAUGCAAAUCAGUUACAUCCUUCUUCAGACCCGUUCUCAAAUAAUAAACUAGUUGAAAGACGUGGACCGAAACCAUUAAUAUCAACAAAUUCUGUCACUAGUACUACCACCACAACGACACUAAAUAAUAGCAGUACUCCAGGAGGUGUAAAUGCUCCACCAGAGGAAACAAAUCAUGUUGUUAUGGUUAAAGGUCGUGCUUUAAACAGACUUAAAGCAGAACUUGUACAAGUUUUUCUAGCUACACCUGGUGUUGUUCACACAGUAAUUUCACCAACAAGUUUUCGAGCUGAAUAUCGUCGUGCAGGCAGUGGAUCAAGUUUACUUGCUCGACCUGUUAAACUUCAAGUGGAUAUGGUACGUGCAACUGGUGGAAUUAGUACAGGUUCUGGACACCAGAAUAAUAUAAAUUCCAUUUCUUCUGAACGAGAAGUGUAUGCAGUCAAUUUUCAACUGUUAUCAGGUCCAACACGUCGGUUCAAACGUUUAUGUGAUCAACUACAAACGGCUUUGCUGUCUGGUACUGCGCAUCCGAAUUUUGUGCCUCAUAGUACAUUGAAUUCUAAUGCACUAGUUGGAGGAACAUCAUCAAUAACCAGUGUUUCACCAGCAACUAAUGUUGGUACACCUUUCCUGAACCCAUUGACUCCAUCCUCUACAUCAGUAUCCUCCACCAAAGCAACAAGCCAUAUCUUGGAUGAACAAACUACAGAACAAAAUAAUUCUGACUUACAUUUCAAUCAAAGUCAUGCUCAUCAGUCUAUACAGUCCCGGUUCAGUGAUGAAGAGGCACUAUUCUCUGCAAAGUUAACCAAUCCUGACGAAACUACUAGCCAAAAGCAUACAAAAACAUCUUUUCCCGCUGCCUCCUCACAACCUCAUGAAACACUAGAUUCUACAUCGGAUUCCCUAAUUUGUCAAUGACUCUUCCAUCCACCCACGUACUCCUCCUUCCAUGUGCACACAAUCCCAAAAAGCCUUUCAUUUGCAUUAAUACUUCUUAAAAUUACAUGAUAAGGAGUGAGAUUAUAAAUACUAUUCUCUUUUGAAAUACAAUAACUUUAAUGAUUAUUCUUUUUUAUGUUGUAUUAAAACCGAACAUCUACAUAUAUGGCGAUGAUCAUGAGUUAGUUGUCCCCAUCAUUUUGGUUGACCUUUUUUAACAUAGCAACACUAAAAGGAUAAGACAAACAAUGAUGCAAGUUUGCAUCAUUAACUAUUAUUAUUAUUAUUACUUUUUGCUGAAAUGUUUUGCUACUUCUACAAACAAAAAUUUUCUUCACUCUUUCCUUUCAACUAUGUUGGUUGUUUUUAUUUUUCUUAUGACAUUUAUACACAACAUAUAUUCAUGUAUAUUCGUGUGUACGUGGAUUUAUGAUUUAAAUGUAGAUAAAGUUUUUUGUUCAUCUUAAGUAGUUUUAUCUAAUGUUAGUACAAUUAUUCCGUCACAAUCGAUUGAAUUACCUAAAACGGAUUAAUUACAUGCGUAAAGGUCAGUUCUAUUCAUGUGUGAGGUGAUAAUGUUAUUAUAGUAUAUUUUUCUAUGAGAAUCAAACAGAUAAAUAAAUAAGUAAACAGUUUUUUCUGGUCUUAAUGUCCUCUGAUACUAACUAUGUCAUAAAAAAAAAUACCCAUUCAUUAUUAAUAUUAUUAUACAUUAUUCUUGUUAUAAUUACUUGCAAUGGUGUAAAUGGUAAGGAGGUUGUUUAUGAUCUAAUACCUAAUUAAUACAUUGAAACAAAUUAUCUGAAUUUGUUCUAUCUCAUUAAAGUCGACAUUUAUCUUGCUAAUCUAGGAUACUAAUUUGGUCUAACCAUUACGAUUACUAUUAUGUUUAUUGUUGUUAUUAUUAUUAUUAAAAAUAUCAACAAGGCUAGCAAUAUCUCCAACAGUCUUUUGUUUUGUCAUUUAUCUUCACUUUUUGUUCGAUCUCGUUAUCAUCUCCGUUUCAUAGUUAACACUUAAAUUAAUAGUUUACGGCAUUGUGUGUUCCUUUUUCAUCUUUGUAUACAGUUCCUCUUACCUUUCUAUUGUUUUCGCGUGUUUGGAUCUUUUCUCUUCUUCUUCUCCCCCUUCCUCCGCACUCUCUGCCUGAAUAACAUGUCAGUAUGUAUUUUUUUAAAGAUCUUUUCCCAUGUAUUUCUAAUACACCUGUGUAUACACGUCUUCUCUAAGACUGUCCACACAUAUAUAUAUACUCUUAUCAUUAGGAAGAUAGAUAAUUAACAUUUAUCGUUUGAUUAUUCUUCUGUGUGUAUAUUUGUUUUAAAAUAAAUGCGAAAGGUUUUAAAUGUAUAAAAUUAUUAAUUGAUCCUGGAAUCUUUUACGUUUAUAUAAUCACCUAUUAUUCAUUUCAUGUUUGAUCAGUUACACAUUGACUAUUGUGUGUUUAUUACCUACUAUUCCCUAAUCUCAUAAAACCAAAUAACUUAUUUCGCAUUCACGAUUCAUUGUGUUUAUUUGAUUUUGUUGCUCUUAUCAUCGUCAAAUAUGUGGUUAGUUGACAGUAUUCUCUCCUUGUACUUGUACGCCUACAUUGUUCUUGGUGGCUUUUAAUCACUAACUUACAUUUAUAUAAAAAAUAUACAAUUGCAUUUUUAUGAAUAAAUAAAGACAAGACAUUUUUAUUUUCCAAUAUAACUUAGUAUGAUUAUUAUUCUUGAUUGUCUGUUAGUCUCUGUUUGAUAUAAUUUUGUUGACCUCAAAGUAUCUUACAUACUGGAAGAUACUAGUUUUUUUGUCUAGUAAAAAGAAAAACACCGAAAUGUCUAUUUUCUGCAUAUGUCUAUCCAGUUUUUGUUCCCUAUUUCUCUUUUUUAUUAUUGAGUUUUCUCAUCUCGUGUUGGGAUUUAAUCAGUUCCAUAUGAAUUUUGUUAUUCUAAACGAAAUGCUCUUCGUUAUUUUUACCUGUCGAGUAUGAAUUUCUCUCGCUUUUUUUUCUUUAUUGUUGCCUUUAUUAAAUUUAAGCCGUGAUUUUGACAACAAAACGAUGGAGAAAAAGAAGACGAAAAAGGGAAAGACUUGACUGUUAAAGAACAAAAUAAGGAAAGGUGAAUAAAGUACAAAUUAAUAAAUGAAAUAUAAAAAAGAAAAUGUUUUUUAUUUGUAUAUUUAUUGUUUUCAAUUCUGAGCUUUGUAGAAUAAAUAGAAUGAUCAGUAAUUAUU